CUACCCAUGACUAAUCCCGCAUGCCGCUCCAGCCUUGUGCCCAUCUGCUUCGAACGUGGACUAUCGCCCCAAUAUCGAGCGCCACAAUGCGUAAACGUAUGUCUUCGACCAGGGUCCGCGCGUCUUGGUCAAAGAUGUCGCUGGGGUCAAUCUGCGACAACAGUGAGCACAGCUGUUUGUCUAACGAUGCAGAUCUUUCGGCACGCAGACCACCACUCGCCGCUAGAUGGAAACGGCGAAUUCAGGAGCACCUGA